UGACUCGAGAUUUGGGGAUCGAAACAGACUUAUAGAGUGAAUAAUCCAGCGGGCUUUCGCCAUGGUAUAAAGGUGCCAACUACACGCCAUCUCCAGUGCCAUCAAUCAAGUCCCCCUAUGAUCAGUCACUACCACCAGAGUUUCACGAGAUCUGAAAUGCCAGCAGAUCUUAUCGUACGAUCUCUGAAAACAGAACACGAACCCAAUCGACCACCCGAAACUCUGCCGCACACCCAACCCGCCCAGGACGACCGGCGCUCACCACACCUACUUUGAGCCCUAUUUAAUAGAAGUAAUUAAAAAUCGACUACUUCUUACUUCCCAUAGAGAAAAUGCCCCCCAUGUCUACCACCACCUCGUGCGCCUGGGAAUCGAAUACCUGGCCCGAAUACCCAACCGUCCGGUACUGGCACGACCUGACCUACCAGCCGUCCAAGCGGCCCCUCUACGCGUUCGUGCGCUCCGGCACGGUGCCCGCGCCUCGGUUCACCUCGUCCCGCCACACGAACAUACCCGGCAGGGACCCCAGAGUGCCCUCGGAGUGGGAGAGGCAAUGGCGUGAGACGCAGGAGUACUGGUGGGGUCUGGGCGCGGCGGAUCCCAGCGAUCGAGGGACGAGGGACGAAGUACCCAGAGAAGAGGACGGAACAGAACGCGGCGCCGGCGACAGAAACAGCGAGCGCGUGGGGACCGCAGACCUCUGGGCCAAGAGAGUCGGCCGCCUGAACCCCUCAGCCGCCGCCAGACCGAGUCCUCCGUGUACAGGGGCGGCCAGGCCCCAGGGGGACGUGGUUAGCAUCCUGCUGGGAGCCUUGGGAUUGGUGUCGCUUACUGGCUUCUGUCUCUCGAUCGCUGUCACCAUCGGCGCAGCGCUAUUUGUUGUUCUCGAUAGUCUGGUCUUCCGACGGUAUGGCAAGCUCGGGUUGGUGUCUACCACUGGGAUUUCGCCCGUCUGGUAUGAGAAUGUGUCAUGCUUCAGGAGCUGGACUAUUGCGCUGCCAGUGGGCGCAACCCCUGGGAGCAGCGCAGGUGGAACUGCCAACCGUAGUGUUUUUUGAUAGAUUCUGAGUCGGUCAAGUUUCCGGGCUUUGGAUUUUUAUCAGCCAUGGGUAAUUGCAGUGCCGAAAUGUUGGGCUCUUGCUUUAUGAAGGCAAUUACCAACAUGGAGCGGGGCUGAGAGAGCAGUCAGCAUCAGGCAGACUGUUCCCCGUCACUUGGU